ACACAACUCUUCAUAGGAUAAUAAGAAGUUUAGCCACAGAAACCCUAAAAACCCCCCUAGGGUGCUGGUCCAUCUCUUAAAUAAAUCUAAUAGGGAUUCUAAUUACUCCACGGAAGGCAGUUCGCAGAGCGAGCAAGGAAGAUUCAUAGCCGCCAUGGGUCGAAGACCUGCAAGAUGUUAUCGUCAAAUUAAAAACAAGCCAUAUCCCAAAUCACGGUAUUGCCGUGGUGUGCCUGAUCCAAAGAUCAGGAUUUAUGAUGUUGGCAUGAAAAGGAAAGGUGUUGAUGAAUUUCCAUUCUGUGUUCACUUGGUGAGUUGGGAGAAAGAAAAUGUAAGCAGUGAAGCACUUGAGGCUGCCCGAAUUGCUUGCAACAAAUACAUGACAAAGGCUGCUGGAAAGGAUGCCUUUCAUCUCCGUGUUAGAGUUCAUCCAUUCCAUGUGUUACGUAUCAAUAAGAUGCUUUCAUGUGCUGGAGCUGAUAGGCUUCAGACUGGAAUGAGGGGUGCCUUUGGAAAACCUCAAGGAACAUGUGCCAGAGUAGACAUUGGGCAGGUUCUCUUAUCUGUGCGCUGCAAAGAUAACAAUGGAAAUCAUGCACAGGAAGCUUUGCGCCGUGCUAAGUUCAAGUUCCCUGGGAGACAAAAGAUUAUUGUCAGCAGAAAAUGGGGCUUUACAAAGUUUUCUCGUGUUGAUUACCUCAAGUGGAAGGAAGAGAAUCGCAUUGUUAGUGAUGGAGUUAAUGCAAAGCUUUUGGGAUGCCAUGGGCCUUUAUCAAACAGGCAGUCUGGAAGGGCUUUUCUAUCAGCUGCAGUGUCUGUUUAACAAGGCAUGUUGAUUUGCAGACAAUUCUGGAAAGUGUUGUAGUGUUGACAUUAUUGUCAAAUUUGUCUUUACAUUUUUGGAAAUGAUCUUAUGAUCAAGCCAAUGCCACUUUAUACUUGCGUCCAGUUACAUCUGAGAAAGGAUACGAGAAUUUAUGAUUAAGCACAUCUGGUUUUGUGCUUUUAAUUUUCCUUUUAUGGAUAUCAUACUUCCAAUUGAAAUAUGCAUUUAUUUUGCUAUGUUAAUUAAAUUUUUAUAAUUAGUGUGCCUUAA